AUGGCGCUGGAGCAGACAGCAGGAACGCUCCAGCUUCUCCGGAUCCGCUCUCUUUCACCCAAACACAUCCUCCACGCUGAUUGGCUGGUGUUUAUUUCCGGGGCGCUGAGAUCGACAGGUGACGUUUUUCCCAGCCGCAGUGAGACGGACUGGGCGAGAAUGGCUGCCGGUGGAGAAGUUGGAAAGUUGUUACAAGUACAAAAUGGGACUCCUGCAAGCACAAGCUAUAACGGGGUAGACGCCCUGCACGCCUGCACCAUUCUCCAGCAGCUGAAAGCCCUGUACGACGAAGCGCAGCUGACCGACAUCGUCGUAGAGGUGGACCAUGGUGAGACCUUUGCCUGUCACAGAAACGUGCUUGCUGCCAUCAGUCCUUAUUUCAGAUCAAUGUUCACCAGUGGCCUUACGGAGAGCAGCCAGCGCGAGGUGCGCAUCGUGGGCGUGGAGUCGGAGUCCAUGAGCCUGGUGUUGGACUACGCCUACACGUCACGCGUUGCCCUGUCAGAGCACAACGUGCAAGCUCUGUUUACGGCAGCGAGUCUCUUCCAGAUCCCAGCGCUGCAGGACCAGUGCGCUCACUUCAUGAUCAGCCGGCUGGAGCCACAGAACUGCAUCGGCGUGUUCAUGUUUGCUGACACGUACGGACACCGGGAGCUCCGCGAACGAGCCCAGGACUACGUGCGCAGGAAGUUCCUGUGCGCUGUGGAUGAACCGGAGUUCCUGCAGCUGACCAAGGAGCAGCUGGUGGGGAUCUUGGACAGUGACAACCUCAACGUGGAGAAGGAGGAGCAUGUAUACGAGGGCAUCGUGCGCUGGCUGGAGUACGACCCCGUACGGAGGCAGCCGUUCCUAGCGGACAUCUUCGCCAAGUGCAUCCGGCUGCCGCUGUUGGACGAAGCCUUUGUGAGCCGCAUCCCAGCCCCCUUUUCCCUGGCGCUGCCCACGGAGCUGACGGAAAAGAGCAGAGCGAACGGUGCCAAUGGCUGCCCGCAACGUCUCGGCAUGACGGCAUCGGAGAUGGUGAUCUGUUUUGACGCAGCGCACAAGCACUCGGCCAAAAAACAGACAGUACCAUGUCUGGACACGGCCACUGGCAAGGUGUACAAGCUGUGCAAACCGCCCAACGAUCUGCGCGAGGUCGGCAUCCUGGUCACGCCUGAGAAUGACCUCUUCAUCGCUGGAGGCUAUCGGCCUGGAAGCAGCGAGACGUGUAUCGAUCAUCGUGCGGAAAGUGAUGUCUGGCAAUACGAGCACGCAGGCAACCGGUGGCUGGCACGCGCACCCAUGCUGAGAGCGAGGAUUGGAUGCCGUCUCGUACACUGCUGCGGGAAGGUGUACGCCCUCGGAGGGCGCGUUUACGAGGGAGACGGGCGCAAUGCUCUCAAAUCUGUCGAAUGCUACGACGCCAGGGAUGAUUGCUGGAUUGCAGUUAGUCCGAUGCCUGUUGCCAUGGAGUUCCACAGUGCUGUGGAGUACAAGGAUCGCAUCUAUGUGCUCCAAGGCGAGUACUUCUUCUGUUUUGACCCCCGUAAGGAUUACUGGGGCCACUUGGCUCCUAUGAACAUCCCGCGCAGCCAGGGACUAGCAGCACUGCAUGAGAACCGCAUCUACUACAUCGGCGGCGUGUGCCGCAACCACCAGCGCACCUUCACCGUGGAGGUGUUUGACCUCGAGCAGAACAGCUGGAGCCAGAGACAGGAUUUGCCCUUCGAGCAGGCUGCCAGCCCCUACAUCAAAGCAAUGAUGUUAGGAGGACACCUGCACCUGUUUGUCCGCGCCACCCAGGUCACGGUAGAGGAGCACGUGUUCCGGACUAGCCGCAAGAACUCUCUGUACCAGUACGACCAAGAAGACGAUAGCUGGAGCAAAGUCUAUGAGACACCAGAGCGCCUCUGGGAUCUCGGCCGCCAUUUUGAGUGCGUCGUCGCCAAGCUGUACCCUCAGUGUCUCCAGAAAGUGCUUUGAUUUCCGGAGGAAGUGGGAAGCAGGGAUAUACUUUUUUUUUUUUUUCUUUUUUUGUCCUUCAGGAGAAGGGGGAGUCAGUAGUUCUGUUCCCCAUCUAUGGUGCUGUUUGAGUCUCCGGACACAGGAGGAGAAGGAGGAAAGUCUUAAAUUUGAGCGAUUAUUCAGUGACCUCAGAGGAGUGCUUGUUGUGAACACGGCAGUAUUUUUAACCGAUAAGAGACAAGAACAAAGUGUCCUCACUGUUGCUUGUUUUACAUUUAAAACAAACCGAUUCUAAGUGCAAUUAUCACAUCGUUUGUGUCUUGAGCCAUUUUUGUUCCCCUUUGAUCUCAAAGGUGUAGGUGAGGUUUUUUUUUUUGGGGUUUUUCCCCCUUCCCUUUGUUUGUUUGUUGGUGUGCAGUGGAACUAAGGUGAGGGGUUUUUUUUUUUUGGAAAGGACUUGCUACGUGUGUCAAAUGACAAAGUAAUAAGAAUAAAUGGCUAUAUAGACAUUUUUAUAUAUUGUAUUCAUACGGGUCUGGUGGGGUGAGGCGCCCAUCGUUAGGUAGCUAGAGUACUGGGGUCUUUUUUUUGUUUGUUUGUUUCUCUCCUCUCAAAGAUCCUUUAAACCAAUUCUGGAGAAAUUCUCUUUUGGUUUUAACUCUGAUUUAGUCAUUUGGUAACUGAAUGGCUUUUUAAAAAUUUUUUUUUUUUAGUUUCUUUGGAUAUUGCUUUUUAAGUUAGGUUCAAACUCCCCCUCCCACCCUUCUCUCUUCUUAUCAGUCUUAGCUGCACCCCGUGAAUCUUUUCCCCAUGAAUCCAUUUUGGUGUUUCUCAGAGCCUACACCUUGGGAGAGCCACGGUUCGAUCGAGUUUGGUGCUCCAACGCAACUCAAUUUUUGCGAAUUGUGUUCCAGAACGGGACAAAAAGCCCCCAGUUCAACUGCGUUGAGAUCUGAAGAACAAUGACGAGCUGAUGCAUGGUUUAAACUUGCACCGAACCUGCAAAAUGUAUACAAAGGUGUUUUUUUUUUUUUUUUUUUUUUUUGUCACCAGUGCCAUUUUAGCGAGAGUAUAAUGUUGUACUCGGCCUCCAUAUUGGAGUGGAUCAGUGUCGUGUACCGCAGAACUGGUCCAGUUUAAGCCAAGGUUAAAACCAGGGUUCUCAACUCCAGUCCUGACAAACACCAACCCACUUUAUACCUGGAAGGGAAAAUAAAUUGUAUAUAAUGUAGGGAAGAUAAAUUUGAGCCUGUGGUGAAACUUGGGCUGAAUUUGAAGCUCAGAAUCUGGUUUUGUUGAGGACCAUUUUAGCUGUACGUUUAAUGAAAACCAGUUAACAGGUUUGAUGUCCAAACAGGUCUGCGGAGUGCCAUUAAGUUCGUGGGGUGGGGGGUAGCCCCCCAGUUUGAUGCCAGCAGUUUCCUGUUUCACAUGCAUUAAUCUUUGCAUUUUGAAGAAAAAUUGAGUUUAAAAAAAAAAAUAAAAUUGGGAUGACUCAAUGGGUGGUCUGCAAUCAAGACAUCGUUAAGAGAGGAAAAAAAGUGAAAUGUUUUAACGUCUUCUCUGGUGGGAGGGGCAUGCAUUAGACGGUCAAAGUUGUGCAGACUCCUUUUAUGGAGUUUGAUUUUUAUCCUGGAAUAUCAUGACUCCAGUGCGAGGUGGCGUAAUCUUGGAUGUUUCCUUAUUUGGGAAGAACAUCAGUCUGUCUAUCCUCUGGAUAAUUUUCAGAAAUCAAGGUUUCUCGGUGCUGCUUUUUCUUUGACAAUCCUGUACAGAAAUACUCUCCCCCCCCCCCCCCCCCCCCUUUUAAAGACAGCCACUGGGUUAAGUCCUGUUGUAGCUCGAAGUGUUGGAGCAUGAUUGCUCAUUUUGGUUUUGUUAACUUGUUUGUUCCGUCGUUUCCUGUGGCAUGCUGAUCUUGCACUACAUUCAUUUUCAGUCUCAAUCACACGCUCUACUUUGAUGUCACACAGCAAAGCCACUUCGGAAAACCCAUCUCUCCCACUCACUUUCACAAAAAGCAUGCAGGCUCGAUCCAGCACGGACGUGAUGACAUGGCCAACGUGUGAGUGAGGGUAGCGGUGUAAGCACACGUGACGUUUUCUUGUCUGGAGUCCUCGAACUCUGACGGAGAGAUGGAAGCUGAACGAGCUUAGCUGUGACUCUGGUGCAAUAAGUUGCCUUCAUCAAGAUUUCUACACAAAGCUCAGUAGCAGGAGAACCAGAACCGGACCAUUCUCAGGAUUAAUUACUGAUUUAUACCCAGUACUGUACUGACAACAGUUUGAUAUUCAUGUAAAAUACUGUAACAUAUGUUUGCUGGACUUGCACAGGUGUUUUGUUUGAAACAGGAUUUAAUUUACCUUCAACUUGAAUAGAUGUAGGUUUGGGUUGUGUUUUGGGCUAAUGAGUUUCUUAUUUUAACUCCAGAGGGGAGGGGUUUCCCUCCUUUCUGAGUAGCUUCUUUUGUUUAUACCUCCUUUUUUGUUUUAAUGGCUGUCUCAACUUUAACAAAACCCAAAGCAUUACAGAUGCUCACUGUAACAACACAGAACUCAUUUUAACUUUUCCAGACACCAGUCAUCUUCAUCAAAAUGUAUAAAGCUUUCAAAGGGUUUGAGCUCCACUUCUCCUGAUGUCUGCUACAACUUUAAAAGCCAAUCAACCUCCUUGUCUUUGCGUACAUAGCUAUGUGUUUUUUGUUAUUUUAUUGUUUGCCUAGCUCUAUGGUAUGAGUUUGUUCAAUAUACUUUUGAUCUCAACUGUGAAAUUCACAUUGCACAUAAUUUGAAAAAUAAAAUAAUUCAAGAAAAA